GACACAAGCGCAAGAGUAGCAUUGUGGUCUUAUUGUUUCGACGUUUCAAAGCCUUUGUCGCCAUGGGUACCCUCUUGCUGAAGCACCUGGCUGCCUCGCUGAGUCGACAGGUUCUCCAGAUGAGCCGUUUCAAUCCCACCGUUUCCACGACGGCGGCGAGUGCGUACAGGUGUCUGUGGACGGUCGCGGCUGCCCCGCGCUCGAUGCUCCUGCUGGCGGCCAGAGUCACGCCUCUUCCGGCGUCUGUCCUCCCGGUCCAGAGCGCGCCGUCCCUGCUGCGUCUUCCCGGCGUCCAUCCCUCGGCCGGGAUGAAGACCAAGUCGGCCCUGAAAAAACGCUGCAAAGACUGCUUCUUUGUCCGAAGGAGGGGACACCUGUUUGUGUUCUGCAAGACGAACCCGAGACACAAGCAGAGGCAGGGCUGAACUGUUGAGAGAGAGCCGAGAGAUGUACGAAGGAUUUCCCGAAUCGCUGCAGUCAUAAUAAAUUGUCGUGAUAUUGUCGUUGGGAUUUAUGUGACGUCUUUUUGUAAACAUGAGUAACCCUUGCGGAAGAAAACAAACUAAACACUCAUUAAAUAGAACAUAUUAA